CUUUUAGCAAGCAAUAAUUGCUAUAUAAGAUUAAGAUGAGUUGUAAUGGGACAUGUGGUGAAGGUCAUAAUCAUAGCAAUCAUAAUAUUGAAGUAAAUGAAAUAAAAAUUGAUCAUUCUCACAAUAUUAAUAUGGAAGAUGUAUGGGGAGAUGAUGAUGGAGAUGAGUAUGAUAUACCGUUUAAAGCCGAUGCCGAUAUAAAACGAAUACAUGAAAAGCAAGGAUAUUUAGAUGGAUUAUCAAGAGCAAAAGAAGAAAGUUUACAGCAAGGAUUUGAUGAAGGAUUUCCACAAGGAGCUGAAUUUGGAAUAAUUGUAGGAAAAAUAAUGGGUAAAUUGAAAUUAUUUAAAGAUGAUGAUUUAUUUAAUCAAGCCAGAAAAGAACUCAAUAUUACUAAGGUGUUAGAUAAGAAAUACUUUAAUGAUGACUUAACACUUACUACAGAUCAUCAAGUAUUACAAAAAUGGAUGAAUUUAGUGGAAGCAUUGGAUAAAUAAUUAUUAACAAAACUAACUUUAC